AUGGACUGUGUCUCUCAGCUGGAUGGACUGUGUCUCUCAGCUGGAUGGACUGUGUCUCAGCUGGAUGGACUGUGUCUCUCAGCUGGAUGGACUGUGUCUCAGCUGGAGGAACUGUCUCUCAGCUGGAUGGACUGUGUCUCUCAGCUGGAUGGACUGUGUCUCAGCUGGAGGAACUGUGUCUCUCAGCUGGAUGGACUGUGUCUCAGCUGGAUGGGCUGUCUCUCAGCUGGAUGGACUGUGUCUCAGCUGGAGGAACUGUCUCUCAGCUGGAUGGACUGUGUCUCUCAGCUGGAUGGACUGUGUCUCAGCUGGAUGGACUGUCUCUCAGCUGGAUGGACUGUGUCUCAGCUGGAUGGACUGUGUCUCAGCUGGAUGGACUGUCUCUCAGCUGGAUGGACUGUGUCUCUCAGCUGGAUGGACUGUGUCUCUCAGCUGGAUGGACUGUGUCUCUCAGCUGGAUGGACUGUGUCUCUCUGGAUGGACUGUGUCUCUCAGCUGGAUGGACUGUGUCUCAGCUGGAUGGACUGUGUCUCAGCUGGAGGAACUGUCUCUCAGCUGGAUGGACUGUGUCUCUCAGCUGGAUGGACUGUGUCUCAGCUGGAGGAACUGUGUCUCUCAGCUGGAUGGACUGUGUCUCUCAGCUGGAUGGACUGUCUCUCAGCUGGAUGGACUGUCUCUCAGCUGGAUGGACUGUGUCUCAGCUGGAGGAACUGUGUCUCUCAGCUGGAUGGACUGUGUCUCAGCUGGAUGGACUGUCUCUCAGCUGGAUGGACUGUGUCUCAGCUGGAGGAACUGUCUCUCAGCUGGAUGGACUGUGUCUCUCAGCUGGAUGGACUGUGUCUCUCAGCUGGAUGGACUGUGUCUCAGCUGGAGGAACUGUCUCUCAGCUGGAUGGACUGUGUCUCUCAGCUGGAUGGACUGUGUCUCAGCUGGAUGGACUGUGUCUCAGCUGGAGGAACUGUCUCUCAGCUGGAUGGACUGUGUCUCUCAGCUGGAUGGACUGUGUCUCUCUGGAUGGACUGUGUCUCUCAGCUGGAUGGACUGUGUCUCAGCUGGAUGGACUGUCUCUCAGCUGGAUGGACUGUGUCUCUCAGCUGGAUGGACUGUGUCUCAGCUGGGUGGACUGUGUCUCUCAGCUGGAUGGACUGUUUUUCAGUGGAGUAA